AUGUUAUUUCAUAUAAUGAAUUUGACAUUUCUCGCAUUAUACGUUUACGAUUAACUUUAAUUUGAUAUAGUUAGGUUAUACUAUACUAUGAUGUAUGUGCUUUCUUAUUAAUUCACAAAUUGUUUUUAGUUAAUAGGUAUUUUAAUGCGUCUUAAAUAUAUUUUAAUGAAAUGAUAUAAACACAAUACAAGAGAAUUAUAAAAAAAUGUCGAGUAAAUAUCAACCAGGGUCGAAUGUCACUCCUCAAACACAGUUGGUACAAUGGAUAAACGAAGCUGGGAUGGCAGAGGGCACGAAAAAAGCCAAUCUUGUAAGAAAGAUAGUGGAGGUUUUGUUGCACCAAGCUCCACAAAUGGUGCCUGUUUAUAUGGAAAACAUUUUAAGCUUAGUUAAUGAUAAAUCAACUGACGUAAAGAGACAGGUUGUUGCCUUUAUUGAGGAGUUGAGUAAAGCAUUCCCUCACCUCCUACCCAAGAUAAUUGGUCAACUCCAAUUACUAGUUAUUGACUCUGUGAUAGCAGUACAGAAGAGAGCUAUCCAGGCAGCGAGCAUUGUCUAUAGAAAUGUUUUAAUAUGGAUUUGCAAAGAAAGUGCUGAGGUUUCUGAGAUGCAGUAUGUGUGGGAACACCUCACGGAAUUAAAGUUACUUAUUUUGAAUAUGAUAGACAGUGACAACGAAGGAAUCAGAACUCACUCGAUCAAGUUCCUCGAAGAAGUGGUUCUCCUCCAGAGCUCAAAUCCUAGCGAUGAUUCCGAUGAAGAUUUUAGACUGGAAAAUUUACCUACACACUUGGCUUUCUUGAAAAGGAAUGCAAUGGAAGAGGAAUCGGAUCACAUAUUUCAACUGCUCCUCAAGUUUCAUAACUCACAACACAUUUCAAGUGUGAAUCUAAUGGCUUGUAUGACAACGCUAUGCUUAGUCGCGAAGUUAAGACCUAAAUAUCUAUCAAGUGUAGUCCAAGCUUUAGGCGACCUGCACACAACCUUACCGCCGACAUUGUCACAAUCGCAAGUGAAUUCAGUACGGAAACAUUUGAAGAUGCAAAUUUUAAUACUGGUCAAACAUCCAUCUUCGGGCGAAAUGAUGCCCCAACUGAUGCAGCUGCUGUCAGACAUCGGAAUGACACCCCAAGAAAUAAACAAGGCUGUACCUAAAGAAAAGAGGAAUAAACGGUUGGGUGAGAUUAAGAAUGGGGAUACACCAGCCAAGCGGCUAAGAGUCGAUUCCCCCCAAAGCACUGUUGGUAGUGAUAGUAACAGCAACAGUCGAAGCGAUUUCAUCAUUUUUGAUGAAGAUAAUACUCAGCCGAUGAUCACUAAAGCAACAGCAACUGAAGACUCUAUAUUCGAAGGUCUGAACAGCGUAGAUAAUGUCGUCAAUCUCGUUAUGUCGACAUUAAGUAAUAAUUUACCGAGCGAAAUUACGAGUCAUUUUCUCUCCACAUACAAACCCAUACCGAAUUCAGGUACUAAAGUCCAAAAACGUGCAUUGGCGAAAAUGUUACUGGCCCUAAUAAGGGACGAAGCUCCAGCCCCAGUAAUGCCGCCUCUAUUAUCGGAUUUCGGAACUAAAAUUCCACUAUUGAGAGAAGACGACGAUAAAGUAACUCUUAAGAACGCAGUAGCGAAACUUCAGGAAUCAACGAAAGAUAAACAAAUAGAAAACGCUUUGUCUAAAUUGAUGGAGGAAACGAGACAGGAACAUUUGAAGGAAGAGGAGAGAAAAGCUAAGGAUAAAGAAAAGUUAGUGCCUCCACCGACACCGACCGUUCCGAAACUUAAGCAAAAAGUCAAGCUAUUGAAACUGCAAGAAAUAACACGACCAAUACCUAAGGAAAUAAAGAGUAAAUUAAUGUUACAAGCCGUCGAUAGAAUUCUAAGAGCGGAGAAAGAAAGCGCUAUAGGCGGAGCUGCUCAGAUACGUGCGAAGUUCAUUACGAUAUUCGCAUCAAGUUACACUUCAGAUAUCAGGGAAUUAGUGCUUAAUUAUAUACUCGAAGAUCCUUUGAACAGAAUGGAUUUAGCGUUGUCGUGGCUGUACGAAGAGUAUGCGUACAUGCAAGGUUUCAACCGGCACCCGGUGACGCUACAGCCAAAAACUCAUGAGAAACCUGACGAAAAUUAUAACCAGCUGCUCUGUGCCUUAAUCACUCAAAUAUCAGAGAGGGGGGAUCCUAUAAUGGAGGCAAGCAAAGAUAUCCUUCUACGGAAGGUGUAUAUGGAAGCUCCGGUGAUCACGGACGAAGCGGUUGAUUAUUUAAAACAUUUAAUCUCAGAAAAUAAAUCGUCGAACUUAGGAUUAGAGUUAUUGGAGGAACUGUGCAUAAUGCGGCCGCCGAGGUCGCACAAAUACGUCGCGGCGCUGGUGUGUAACGUACUGAGUGAAAACGAAGAAAUACGAGACCUAACGUUAAAAUCCUGUGUGAAAAUAUACAAACAAUGUACGGAGGCAGCAAAGAAAGUGAUCGAGAAAAAUGCCCUUCUGUACCUCGGGUUCAUAUCUCUCUCGACUCCCCCGCAAGAGUUGUUCGGCAACAGAUACACGAAUAGACCCUGGACGGACGAGCUGUUCAAGAUGUGUCUCAAUCUUGUGAUGGCCUUGUUUCCAGAAAAUGAAGAGCUGAUAAUGGAGAUAGCGCGCGUGUACGGCUGCGCGGGCGCGGAGGCCAAGCGCUGCGUGCUGCGCGCGCUGGAGGCCCCGCUGCGCGCCGCGCUGCAGCCCGCCGCGCUGCGCCCCGCCUUCGCCGCGCUGCUGCACGACUGCCCGCGCGGCGCGGAGACGCUGCUCACGCGCCUCGUGCACAUCCUCACCGACAAGGCGGCGCCGAGCGCGGAGCUGGUGCGGCGCGUGCGCGAGCUGUACGCCACGCGCGUGUCCGACGUGCGCUUCCUCAUCCCCGUGCUCAACGGACUGUCCAAGAAGGAGAUUUUAGCUGCUCUACCGAAAUUGAUAAAGUUAAAUCCAGCUGUCGUGAAAGAGGUUUUCAACAAGCUGCUCGGAUUGCAGAACCCCAAUAAUGAACAACUGCCGGUGUCCCCGGAGGACCUUCUGGUGGCUUUGCACUUAAUCGACCCGAAUAAGGCCGAUCUCAAGUACAUUAUCAAGGCGACUGCACUUUGUUUCGCCGAAAAGAACAUCUACACACAGGACGUAUUAUCAGCAGUGCUUCAGCGGCUGGCCGAGGAGACUGAGAUCCCUGUGCUGAUGAUGCGGACGGUGCUGCAGGCACUCACACUGUAUCCAAAUCUAAGCGCUCUUGCGAUUAACAUUCUGCAAUUACUUAUAGAGAGAGAGGUGUGGAACAACAAAGUGGCGUGGGAGGGCUGGCUGAAGUGCGCAGAGCGCCUGGGCCCGCGCGCGGCGCCCGCGCUGGGCGCGCUGCCGCCGCGCGCCGCCGCCGCGCUGCCGCCGCACGUCGCCGCGCUGCGCCCGCAGGAAAAGCCGUACAAGCCAAAACCAAAUGAGCCAUUGCCACCGGGCAUGGAUUGACGAAAACAUCGUACAGUGUGAGCGCUGAAUAGGUGUCUGCCACACUGUACAAACAUUAUGCUAAGUCUUGCUAAGACUUCCAUGGUACGUGAUUGCUCGGUACCAGAUUAGCAAAUGUCAAAUGAAGUGAAAUAAAAUAAAUCCGCUUGGUGAUUAUUAUUUUGUUCUAACCUAACCCCAUGUUACAAAAACAUAAUAAAAUCCUUUGAAAUCGUAAUAGAUA